AUGCCCAAAGAAAAGACAUCCAAGCAUGUCAAGUGCGACAUUAUUUUUGAUAACAAUUCGAGUGGAAUUUUCACGGCCGGCGAUCAUGUCGCGGGGACAAUCGAGCUUCAUCUCACCAAAAUAAAAAAAGUCCGAGGUGUCUGCCUGCUUAUCUCCGGAUAUUCAUCGGUGUUCUGGGAGGCGAAGGUUCCGGAUGGGCCGAAAAAUAAAAAAGUCAAAGCUCAGUUCAAAGGCCGCGAGGAUUUCAUCAAGCAAAAGCUGUACCUGGCGGGAUCGGAAAAUGGUGCCGGCAUUCAGCUACCGCCCAACGCUAUCCGGUACAAGUUCGACUUUGCCAUUCCACCGUCGGCCCCGACCUCAAUGGAGGGAAAGUACGGCCACGUUCGGUACCUUCUGCAGGUGACGCUUGAAAGACCGUGGAAGUUUGAUCACAAGUUCCAGAAACCGUUCACCGUGACGUGCGAGGCGGACCUGAACAAGAACAACGAGGUACUCUGCAUACCGACCAAGGCGGAGGAUAUGCUGACGUUCUACUGUGGCUUCUGCCGUUCGCGCCCGUUGAUGGUUUCGGCCACCACUCUCAAGUCAGGUUACGCCCCGGGGGAAACGAUCGAACUGGAGCUGUUUGUACAGAACUCGAGCAAGGUGGCGGUCAGCGAGAUCGAGAUUAAAUUCCGCAAAGUGCUGACGUUCACCAGCCAAACGCGCACCAUCGGUCAAACGCAGAUUCCGGCGGAGGAGAAAAAUAUCCAGCACGAGGUGCUUGAGGUGCGCAAAAUACCGACGAUCGAGGGUGAGAACGAUGCGCGGUUUGUGGAAAACUUUGUCGUCGGCCCGGUACCUUCCUCCGAGACGACGCACAGCCGCAUCGUGCACGUGUCCUACGAGCUGGCCAUCGUCGUUAAGCCCCAGGCUUCUACCAAGCGCAUGAAACUAACCAUCCCGAUCACCAUUGGCAAGAUCCCGCUUGCAGGAUCCGCAAUGCCCUACUCGGUAUCGGGAGGCAUUCAAAAGUUGACCAGUUCCCUCGCUGCACAAGACUGCAGUGCCCCACCAGCGUACGAAGAAUAG